UUUCCCAUUCAGCUAGGACUUGCACCUUGACUUCUGUAAAUAUAGGCAGUUCAGUUUUCGUUGUUAAGGAUGUUGACUUAACAGAGUCUAAAAUAGGAAUCUGGGGGUGUGAGCAGCACAUUUAAAGUUCUUUCUCCUGCAGGUUAUAUUCCGUGGACCCAUUAUUCAACUGACCACUUACAGUAAAGUAUCAGAAUGCUUAAAAUAAAUCCUAGACUUUGUGCUGUUAUAAUGAGUGAAGACUUUCCUGAAAACAGUGAAGCAAGUUUAGACAUCAGUACAGUAGGAGGAGAAGAAAAAGGAAAACUGGUUCACAGGAUUCCACCUCAAAUUCUCAGCUCCCCAGUACAUACCAAAAAGGGUCUUUCUGUGACUGUGGAUGAAGAAAGAUUUCUGGAAAAACCACCCCUAUCUUACAUAGCCUUAAUUGCAAAGGCAAUUCUUUCCUCCCCUACAAAUAAGCUGAAUUUAGCUGCUAUCUACAAAUACAUUGAAGAUAAUUUUCCCUUCUACAGGAACAAAGGUCGAGGCUGGAGGAACAGUGUAAGGCACAACCUUUCACUAAAUGACUGUUUCAUCAAGGUGGGAAGAUGUGAGGAUGGCAAAGGAAACUACUGGAGUAUCCACCCAUCAAACUUAAAUGAUUUUGUUCACGGGGACUUCAGGCAACAUCGAAGGUCACGAAAGCGAGGGCGUCAAAAGGAGCUAGAUCACUGCUUUGAUCUGAAUUAUUUUAUGCCGUGGGGACAAUAUCCUUCCUAUCCAGCAUUGAAUUGGCUUUAUGAAACACAUUAUUUUCUGGAUCCUCUCUGGAAAAUGCUGUAUACUGACAGACUGCAGUCUGUGAGUGAAUACCAAAAAUGGAAUGUAAAUAGUGAUUUAAUCAUGGGGAAGCCUUCCGCUCCACAACAGACUGAUAAACUGCACAGCAUUUCUGGGGACUGGCUUUAUGGAUCUCCUGCUACUUCAGUUAUGCAGCAGAAUAUUUUCCUAAACAUUCAACAGGUUCUCCCUAAUUCUCUUUUCUUCUCUUUUCAAAAGCAGCAGCAAACUGAAGAAUUCAGACACAUCUGUAAGUAUUAGGAAGUAUUUGAAGCACACUAACUUUGCAGGAAGCCUGGGACUCUGUCAAGAAACAAUGUACUAAUAUAUAUCGCACAGUUUUGAACAUCUGUAUGUGUUUAAAGACAGCAGAAGAUCUUACUUACUUAUGUAAGCCCGUAAUAAACAUUGUUUAUUGCCCAAGUGUAUUAGCUCUGAAACGGUAACAAUGAAUACUGGUUUUAACAAUUCUAUUAGUCACUGGCCAUGCAUAGAUU